UUCCCAUUCCCCAGCCCUAAAGAUCUAAUUUUUUAUUAUUAUUAUUUUUUUCUUACAAUCUCUUGCUUCUUAACGGUUUAAGUCUCUUUAAGAUUCUUCAUCAAUCAUUCAUUUCACCUCCAACUUCAUCACUAAUUGCUUUCUUUCUCUCCAAGACAAAACCCCAUCAACUCUUCAUAUUUAUCUUCUCAUCAUAAGAUUCAAAGUCUUCUCCUUUGUUUUUCUCUCUGGGUUUUCUAGAUUUUCUCUUUUUUUGGGUUCUUUUCUAUAUAAAAUAUUAAAAACACUGUUCAAAAUCUGAUUUUUCUUUAGUGGGGCGGUUUAGUUUGGUAAAGUAGAGAUCUUGUUCUUGUUCCAAUUUGUUUUUUGUUUUUAUAUAUAUAAAUCCCAUUUAUUUUUCUGGUAUUCAGCUCAUAAUUUAAAUCAGUAAUCAUGGGAAAUCAUACCAGCAAGAAGGCAUCUGAAACAACAUCAUCAUCGGCGGCUAUGAAUGUUAGCAACAAUUUACAUUCCACGACCGAACUGAGUUCCUACGAAGCAGCUUGUAAGCUCGACAUGGAGUUGCAGACCUUCGACACUAAUGUCCAGGCUCGAACAAAUCAAGUGAUCAACACACUUGCAGUCGGUGUCGAAGUCCGAGCACUUUCAUUCGAUUCAUUAAAAGAGGUAACCGACUGUCUUUUAGAAAUGAACCAAGAGAUCGUUAAAGUUAUCUUGGAAUUUAAGAAAGACAUAUGGAAGAACCAAGAACUGUUCGAGCUAGUCGAAGAAUACUUCGACAACAGCUUGAAAACACUCGAUUUUUGCUCGGCAUUAGAGAAGUGUUUGAAACGUGCGCGCGACAGUCAGUUACUGAUCCUCGUCGCAUUACAACAGUUUGAUGAGGAAACAGAAACUGGCGGCCGUGAUAGUGGCAGUGAAAUUAAAUACGCGAGAACAUUAGAAGAGUUGAAGAACUUCAAGGCGGCCGGAGAUCCAUUCACCGAAGAAUUCUUUCAAAAUUUUCAAUCUGUUUAUAAACAACAAAUGGCAAUGCUUGAAAAAUUACAACUUCGUAAGAACAAGCUCGAUAAGAAGCUAAGGUACAUACAUGCAUGGCGGAAGGUGUCCAGUAUGAUAUUCGUCGCUACGUUCGCCACUGUUUUGAUAUGUUCCGUCGUGGCGGCCGCCAUGGCUGCACCACCGGUCGCAGCGGCUCUCGCAGCUGCAGCAUCAAUCCCAUUAGGUUCGAUGGGGAAAUGGAUUGAUUCUUUAUGGAAAAACUACGAAAACGCAUUGAAAGGACAAAAGGAAGUGAUUAGUUCGAUGCAAGCAGGAACAUACGUUGCCAUUAAAGAUUUGGAUAACAUAAGAAUCCUCAUUGAUAGGUUGGAGAUUGAGAUUGAAUCCAUGUUGAAAACUGCAGAUUUUGCAGUUGAAGAAGAAGCAGUGAAAGUUGGGAUCGAUGAAAUUAAAAAGAAACUGGGGAUAUUUAUGAAGAACGUGGAGGAUUUAGGACAACAAGCUGAUAUUUGUAGCAGAGAUGUUAGAAGAGCAAGGACUGUUGUUCUUCAAAGAAUUAUAAAACAUCCCAACAACUGAAAAUUUAUUGCUAACAACAACAAAAAAAAGGAAAAAUGAUCCAUGUUUGAUUGAUUUGCAGUAUUUGUGUUUUCGAUAUUACAUGUUUGUUUUUCAGGUUAUUUUCCAGUUUGGAAAUGUUUUUUUUUUGGGUAUAUGUAAUUAUUGAAUAUUGUUUCAAUUGUGUAAUUUUUCACUUUUCAGCCUUUCAUCAUUAUUGUUAAAACGUAUAAACUCAGCUCUCCUAGGUUUCGUUAUAUGAAAAUAAUAAUUUUAGAUUUUA